AGGGGGGAGGGACUAGAACUUUCCGCGGCCGCGGGCGGACUCUCAUCUCAGCCCGGAGCCGCCAGCGCCUGCGAUCAGCGCCCCCGGACCGCGGGAGACCGCCGACAUGACCCACUUCAACAAGGGGCCCUCCUACGGGCUCUCCGCCGAGGUCAAGAACAAGAAGGUGUGGAACAAACAGGAACACUGGGCAGCAGGAGGAGAGGUUCCAGUUCAUUCAGCUGCUUCCUAGUGACUCCACCCUUCCCAUGGAAAUGUUAUUUGUAUGGGGCAGGCAUUUAUCUUCUCCCUCCUCUUAUGUUUGAUGCAGUGCCAGUUUCAUCUUCAUAAGAAAAUUGCCCUGAAAUAUGACCCCCAGAUAGAAGAAGAUCUGCGUAACUGGAUAGAAGAGGUUACAGGGCUGAGUAUUGGUGCAAACUUUCAACUGGGAUUAAAAGAUGGCAUAAUCUUAUGCGAGCUUAUAAAUAAGCUGCAGCCAGGAUCAGUGAAGAAAAUUAAUCAAUCAAAACUAAAUUGGCACCAGCUGGAGAACAUUGGGAAUUUUAUCAAAGCCAUCCAAGUCUACGGCAUGAAGCCACAUGAUAUUUUUGAAGCAAAUGAUCUUUUUGAAAAUGGAAAUAUGACUCAAGUACAGACUACUCUAGUGGCACUGGCAGGUCUGGCAAAAACUAAAGGUUUUCAUACUACAAUUGAUAUUGGUGUCAAAUAUGCAGAGAAACAAGCACGAAGUUUUGAUGCAGGAAAACUAAAAGCUGGUCAAAGUGUAAUUGGCCUGCAGAUGGGCACCAACAAGUGUGCCAGUCAGGCAGGCAUGACUGCUUAUGGAACUAGAAGACACCUCUAUGAUCCAAAAAUGCAAACUGAUAAGCCAUUUGACCAGACGACGAUUAGCCUACAGAUGGGCACUAACAAAGGAGCCAGUCAGGCUGGUAUGCUGGCACCAGGUACCAGGAGAGACAUCUACGAUCAGAAGCACAUAUUACAACCUGUGGAUAACUCAACUAUUUCGUUACAAAUGGGUACCAACAAAGUAGCUUCACAGAAGGGAAUGAGUGUGUACGGGCUUGGACGGCAAGUGUAUGACCCCAAGUACUGUGCUGCACCCACAGAACCUGUCAUUCAUAAUGGCAGCCAAGGAACAGGAACUAAUGGGUCAGAAAUCAGCGAUAGUGAUUAUCAGGCAGAAUACCCAGAUGACUAUCACGGAGAGUACCAAGAUGACUAUCAAAGAGAUUACCAUGGUCAGUACAGUGACCAGGGCAUUGAUUACUAGCUUUGCAUCAAAAGUUCAGUAUUAGUCCAUUAUUUUAUUCAGUAAGAACGAAACUAGCCUUGUGGAAUUGUUACUUGUCUUCCCUACACUAUGCUUAAUGUACCUAAAGAAAUACUGCCUUACAUACAUUCCUUUUUCCUUUCUCUGCCCUUUCCCUGUCUAGUUGCCUUUAGUGCUGUAACAGUUGUAGUCUACAGCAUAAACAAUAACUGCAUAUGAAGUAAAAGGAAUACUGUGAAAGGGGGAGUGCUCUCGUACAGCCAGGUUGUUUAAUAAGGAGCUAUGCAUUCUCACAACCUCUACUUAAGUAGGUCUUUACAUACCAAGUUAAGCCUUCAUUUUACAUAUUUACAGCUUUUCUCCAGAGGAGAUAAAAGAAUCUCAUGCUUAAGGUUACAUGUGGUCUUUGCCAAUUAAAUUUAAGAUAUCUCAUUAGUGAUUUAAUAUCAUUGUUAUGUUUCUUAAGGUAUUGUUUGCUAAUGGUAAGUCCUGCAUUUGUGAUUGUGUAUUCAUUCCAUUAUCAACACUGACCAAACUUAGAAAUAGUUGUCUUACUAAAAAGGGAGCUUGUACAAAGUCUUGAGCCAACAGAAGUUCCAUGAUUGAUGGUGCAUUUACCUUUUAUUGUGCCAUAAUAUAUCCAUGUAGAAAUGCUUUUUUUCUUCCUUGAACUGUAUUUAUUGCCACACUUCUCAAACUGAUCCCAUUGUAUUUUUAUAAAUAAAUAUUUUUUUCUUAAAGGUA